AACAGCUGACUUGAAUGUUCAACACACAUAACGUCAAAUAAAAAAUAAUUUUGUUUGUAAUUUUUAUCACUUUUUAACUAAUGUAAGAAAAAAUUUAUAUAAAACUUCGAUUAAACUAUUUAAAAUGGUUCUAAAUACGGACCAUAUCAUUCAAGCUGAUAUUGUAUUCCUAAUUGAAAGUACAGGUAUUAAUGGGGCAUAUUUUCAAGAUAUUAAGUCAAAUUACUUAAUACCAGCUUUGGAAUUUUUUAGUCAAGGAGCGAUUGAUGACCGUGAUUAUGGAUCAGAAACAACUAAUUCUGCGUACGGGAUUGUAUUAUAUAAAGCAGCCGAUUGUUUACCGAGCCCAUGUUGUGAUACUUAUGGCCCAUAUACAAAUGCCUCACGUGUUUUGAACACAGUGGAUAAAAUUGAAUUAGUUGGUGGUAAAGGGGAAUCUCAUGCAAAUAUUGCGGAAGGAUUAGCCACAGCUUUAUUAUGUUUGGAAGAGUUAGGGCAAAAACGAGAACCAAAUUCUCCAUCACAAAGGUAUUGCAUUUUAGUUUGUAAUUCGCCACCGUACUCAAUGCCUGUGAUGGAAACUCAUCCCUUUAAUGGAAAAACUGCUGAUCAAUUGUGUUCAAUAUUACAAGAGAGAGGCAUUCAUCUGUCGAUAAUAUCACCUAGAAAAAUUCCUAUAUUGUUUAAAUUGUACGAGAAAGCUGGAGGAGAUUUAACUUCAUAUCAAACAAAAAAUUAUGCGAAAGAUCCACGACAUUUGGUACUUUUAAAAGGUUUCAGUUUGAAAGAACAUGAAAUUAGUCCACCAACUGGGUCAAUGGCAAAUAACCAGAACAACCAUAUUACCUCAAACAUUCCACCAUCUUCAAUGGCAAGUCCAAUGUCAACUAGUGAUACACCGUUAACAAAUGUAGGACAACCACAAACAGUACAAUCAAAUCCUAUGGGACAGAAUGUAAAUCCAAAUGGUAUUUUUCGACCAAAUCAAAAUCCAACAGGAAUUCAAAUGCCAAAUCAACCACCACCACACUCCUUACAAAUGGGAGCAAUGCCUGGUCCAGGUCCAGGCCGUCCAAUGAUGGCACUACCUGGAUGCCCCCCACAAUUUCCAAAUCAACCAGGUCAGAUGCCUGGACCACCAGGAUACCAUCAAACACCAACAGGUGUUAUGGGUGCACGCCCACCGCCACGUUGGUCAUUAAUGCCACCUCAAGGGCCACCACGACCCACGGGACCAUAUCAACAAGGGCCACAGGGUGGCCAAAGUGCUUUAAUUGCACAGUUAAAACAACCACCAAAUGUGAUUGGUGGUCAAGCGAAUCAAUUCGGUAAUCGACUUGAAGCUAAUGCACUUCGUUCGACACUAAAUAAUAAUCAAUAUGUCGGUGGAUGUGGUGUUCAACCUUCAAUGAAUCAACCCCCAAAUCCACAACCUAUGCAACAGCCUCCACAACAAUCACAACAACAGCCAGUCAAUUCUCCGGCUACAUCGGUAGCAAGCGGUGUACCUGGGGCGCCUGGAGCGCCCUCUGUAAAUCCUGUACAAAAUCCCAAUCAACAACCGCAAAAUCCUGGUCAACAAGUUGGUACCGUACGUGAACGUCAUACAAUUUGGAAAGGUGUACUGGAAUGGAUUGAAAAGGCGAAACCAAAUGAUCAAGAGAAAAUUAAACGACAUGUUCCAUGUCAAGUGUCCGCAAAUUCCAAAGAUGGGCAACCUGAAUUAACUGCAACAGCAUGGCCUCAAAAACUUAUAAUGCAAUUAAUGCCAAAACAAUUGAUUGGUAAUAUUGGUGGCACCUAUUUAAAAAAUUCCAAAUCUGUCCUAUUCCAUCCGGAUAAUUGUGAAGCCUUGGAUUCACUAACAAAAGUUAUGAGUUCUGGAUUUGCAGGUUGUGUACAUUUUACAAGUUCUGGUCCAACAGCAUGCGAUAUUAAAGUGCUGAUAUUGUUGUAUACGGCAGAAAAACGUGCUUAUUUAGGAUUUAUACCAAACGAUCAAGGUGCAUUUGUGGAUCGAUUGCGAAAAGUUAUUCAACAACAGAAAUCUAAUCAAAUGUUACGACAAGGACAGGUUGGUACCAGUGGAAAUCCAAUGAAUCCAAACGGUCCAAAUCCAGCAAUGAAUCAACAACAAGGCACAAAUCCAGGUUUAAGUGGUCCAGCCGGUAGUCCAUCCACUGGUGGCGUAGUGCCAAAUCAACCAAACAUGAUGGUACAACAAAAUGUGAAUUUAAAUCAGGGUAAUGCACCUGGUGCCCAACCCCAACAAGGACAACAAUCGAACAUGAUGAAUGUUGUACAAGGCAAUAAUAAUGCUGGGCCCCGUAUUAGUAUGCCCGGUAUGCCACCCGGUACGAAUUCUCAAAUACAAACAAAUGCCGGUGCGGGAGCAGCUGGUAUACGACCUGGGCAACCGCCCGGUCAACCUGGACAACCUGGUGGUAGUGGCAUACCGCAAUUAGGUGGUCCGCAACAGCAGCAGCAACAACAAACUGCGGCGCAGCAAGCGGCGCAGCGUGCUCAAUUCGAUCAUUUGGCUAGACAACAAAAUUUGGAGAAAAUAAUGCAGUUGAAGCAAACUUUGGAGCAAGCUCAACAGCAAGAGGCACAAUAUAAGAGUCAAUUGGAGAUAAUGAAUCAUAUGAAAACGCAACAAUUGCAAGAGGCUUUACAAGUUGCACAACAGCAAGAAAACCAAUAUAAACAACAGAUGGAGCAAGAGCAACAGAAACAAUUAAGAGUUCAAUUACAACAAAUGCAGCAACAACAGCAGCAGCAACAGCAACAACAACAAAGGGGACAAAUGCCACCACAAAUGCAACAGAAUGUAGGUGCUGGUGUAGGUGGUUUAGCACCAGGUCAACGUAUGAUGCGACCUGGACCUGGUCAAGUUAUAUCAAAUAAUCCUGGCUUAAGACAUCUUUUACAACAACAACCACAAUAUAGGCCACAACCAAUGGGUAUACAACAGAUGGGCCAAGGAGCUGGACCAAGAGGGCCACAAAUGCCACAACAAAAUAAACCAAAUCAGUAUGAUGAUGUAUCUAAUUUUGAUUACUAUGUGAAUACUUAAGUUUA